GGCCCUAGUUAUUAGUAUUUUAUCUCAUUUUUAUAAGGAAGUGAGCCUAAUAAGUUUUGGCAUGCUUUGGGAAUCUUUAGUGUCAAAUAAAGAUUACUCUAGUUUUUAAAAAGCUCCUGUACCGAAUUAUACAAAGCAUUUUUAACUGUUUUACGGCAAUCUCAUAUUAUUUAUGAUUUGAAUAAUCCCUAAUAUAGUUGAGAAUAUUUUCAUUUGCUUUUUAGUAUACGUUACAAAUGGCUCCUCAACAAACUCCAGUGAAGUUGAGUCCCGAUGAGGACAGCAUUAGAAUGAUGCUAACAGCGAAGGUGCAUAUUGGCACAAAGAAUGUUGAAAAUAAAAUGCGCAAGUAUGUUUAUAGCCGUACCCAGGAGGGUGUUCAUCUGAUAAAUUUGGCCCAUACUCUUGAGAAGAUGAAAAUAGCUGCUAGAGCCAUUGUUACCAUUUCAAACCCAGAAGAAGUUGUAGUUGUAUCGGCUAGGCCUUAUGGUAGUCGUGCGGUUUUGAAGUUUUCACACUAUGUAGGAUCCCAACCAAUUGCUGGUCGUUGGAUUCCUGGAACUUUGACAAAUCAAAUAACCCAGAAAUUUAUUGAACCACGUCUUCUCAUUGCCACUGAUCCUAGGACAGAUGCGCAGGCUUUGAAAGAAUCAUCAUAUGUAAGUCUCCCAGUUAUUGCGCUAUGUGAUACCGAUUCACCUCUUCAAUACGUUGAUAUUGCUAUACCAUGUAACAACAAGGGAAAGGAAUCAAUUGCUCUCAUGUACUGGUUAUUGGCUAGGGAGGUUCUUUAUCUAAGAGAUCAAAUUAAGAGAUGGUUGCCGUGGGAGGUCAUUGUUGACACAUUUUUCUGGAGAGAUCCAGAGCAAUUUGAGCUUAAGAAUACCGCCGAUGAAUCUGUCGCAGCACAGGAAGAUUCCGAAGUUAUCAAUGCUAGGGGGUCUGUAAUGACAGCCCCUAUUGAUGUCGAGUGGAGCGCUGUAGGUGCAGCCCAGGGUUCAUCCGAUUGGAAAGUUAUGAAUGCUGGCCAUGAAGAAUGGGGAUCCUUCGUUGAUUCUAGGGGCCAUUGGCAAUAG